AUGUCUGACCUCUUUCUGUCGUGGUCUUCAGAUGACGUGGCCUACGAGGUGCGCUGGUUUUUCACACGGCUGCGCGGCGGAGAGGGCGCUGUUCCCGUGGCUGCCAUCGACUGUUCUGGAAUCGUGAGGCGGGAAACGCGGAACUCCACCAGCGAGAUGUCGAUCGAGAGGACGGACACCCACUCCUACGAGUUGAGCAUCCACGGCACCCAGGACAGCGACAGUGGAGAGUAUCACUGUGUGGCCACUCCCUGCUACGUCUCUCCCUCCACUAAAGCCUGGACCAAAGCCGAGGAGCUCACGUCCUCCAGGAUCUUCCUCACGGUCAAGUUCGCCGUCUGGGAUUCACUCAAGAUGCCUCUUCUCUACGGAGCAGUCGCAGCUUUAGGGGUGGGGCUCUUCUCCCUCAUCUUUGGCCUGAUCUGUGCUCACUGCUGCUGCCGCAACACGUCGCACACCCCUCUCUCCCGCAACAAGCUGCUACACCUGGAGAUGGACUGA